AUGCCAAUAGACAGCAACAGGCUCAGAAAUCGUCUGACUACUGACGAGGCCAUGCACACCUCUGGAACGAUAGCACCAUCGCAGAGGCCAUCUCCCAUUGAGAGGAGACCGAUAGCAACAGUGGAGCGGACAGAGGAGACGGGGGGCUUGGGAGUGGCCGAGGGUUGGGAGGAGCUCCGGACUGAGGACGGGACUCCUUAUUAUCAUAAUAAGGCCACUGGGCACACACAGUGGGAGAAACCCACGGGGAGUAGUCUGCCAGGAGGAUGGCAGGAGUUUAGGGCGGAUGAUGGUAGCAGCUACUACUAUAAUGAGGCUACUGGGGUGACACAGUGGGAGAGGCCGGGGACACUCCCAGAAGGCUGGCAGGAGUUCCGCACAGCUGAUGGGACCCCGUACUACUAUCAUGAGGCCUCUAGUAAGACGGUGUGGGAGAGGCCAGGAGGAGGUGAGGAGGUGCCGGUGGGGUUGGAGCAGAACCGUGUUACGGGGACUACGCAGUCGACUGUCGCUGAGGCCUCUAUAGAAGCUAGUAAGGAGGGGGGAGAGGACACAGCUGUAGUGCUCGAGGGGUGGCGGGAGUUCAAGACGGAUGAUGGUACCACCUAUUACUAUAAUGAGAGUACCGGGGUGACACAGUGGGAACGGCCAGGGAAACAACCUCGGCGGGUGGAGCUGCUAGUGGGAUGGGAGGAGCUGAAGGCUGAUGAUGGUACUCCCUAUUAUUAUAACUCUACGACGGGGGUCACUCAAUGGGAGCUGCCUAUAGCUAUGGACAGUCGGAGGGGCGAUGGGGAGACCCCAUCGGGCAAGAGGGCAAGGGAGGCUCUGCCGGAUAGUUGGGAGGAGUUCCAUGCGGAUGAUGGCACGCCCUACUACUAUAAUUCUACGACAGGGGUGACACAGUGGGAGCUGCCGACCGAGAGCAGUGUGGUCUCUGAGGAGAAGGACGUGGCAGUGACCAAGGGGGCCUUGCCAGCUGAUUGGGAGGAGUUCCAUGCGGAUGAUGGCACUUCUUAUUACUACAACUCGACGACUGGCCAAACACAGUGGGAGCAUCCUAGGGGUGCGCACGCGGAAGAUUCUGGGCUCGUCAAGAGCAGAGUGGGAGAGCGGAAAGGCCUGCCAGAGGGCUGGGAGGAGCUCAUUGCUGAUGAUGGAACUCCUUAUUAUCAUCAAGUCGAUACUGGACUCACUCAGUGGGAGUUUCCGACCGUCCUGUCUGCUUCAGUGAAUGCCCUCCCCGAGGGGUGGCAGCAGUUGAAGGCUGAUGAUGGCACUCCUUACUACCACAACUCCACCACUGGUGUGACACAAUGGGAUGUCCCGUCGGAGGUGAGGACCGAUAAAGAGGCACCGACGGCAGCUGAGGUGGCGGUUGCCGCCCUCAAGGAGUUGCCAGACGGAUGGGACUGUGUAUUAACACCAGAAGGUAGGGAGCUCUAUUUCCAAGCUGGAGAGCUGGGCCGGACCAGCACUUGGUCCCGACCCUAG